AUGGAGUACCACAUACACUACUCAUCAAACGAAUCAAUUAAAACGGAAAAAGAAGCCUUUGGAGAAAAGGAAAUUGAUAAAGUGCCUUUUAAAAAGAAAAAGAACUACUUCAUUCUUCUGUCCGUUGCAACAAUUUGUGUUGUUGCUUGUUCCGCACUUUAUUUUUCAAGACCCAAAAAAAAUAACUACACGUUUAAUGACUCAAUUACAGAAAACAUGAAUGACGAUUAUAUAAUAAAUUUUUUAUUAAAAAGUAAAAAUGGAAAGAAAUUCAUUGUGUCAAAAAUAGAAGAAUUGAUGUCUUUAUAUGAUAAAAACGAUAAUGAUUUAAAAAAAAAUGGAAUACAGUAUAAUAAAACUCUUAAAAAAGAUGGAUGCAAUGAUAAAAAAUGUGUUAAUACUACUACAUAUAUGAACAAUGUGGAAACUGUAACAAACGGGAUAAGAUAUAAUGGUAUAAAUUUUAUUGAUAUGAAAUAUUUAAUGAGUAAUUUAGAAACAGUUAACUCCUUUUAUAUGUUUAUGAAAGAACAUGGAAAGCAAUAUAAUUCUGUAGAAGAAAUGCAACAAAAGUUUCUUAUCUUUUCAGAAAAUUUGAAAAAAGUAGAAGCACAUAACAAAUCGAAUAGUUUAUAUACAAAAGGACUUAACAGAUUUAGUGACUUAACGUAUGAAGAAUUUGAAAAUAAAUACUUAACAUUAAAAACAUUCGAUUUAAAAAAAAUUGGUAAUAAGUUACCACGCUUAAGUGAAUACGAAGAUGUAAUUAUUAAAUAUAAAAAAAAGGAUGAAAAUUUUGAUCAUGUUAUUCAUGAUUGGAGAAAACUUAAUGCCGUUACACCAGUUAAAGAUCAAAAGAAUUGUGGUUCCUGUUGGGCUUUUAGCACAGUAGGAGUUGUAGAAUCACAGUAUGCCAUUAGAAGAAAAAAAUUAGUCCAAUUAAGUGAACAAGAAUUAAUUGAGUGCUCUUUUAAAAAUAAUGGAUGUUUAUAUGGAUUUAUUCCUUUAGCUUUUGAUGAUAUGAUAGAAUUUGGAGGUUUGUGUGAAGGAAAAUAUUAUCCAUAUAUAGAUUUAACUCCAGAAUUAUGUGAUAUUGAUAAGUGUAAAACAAAAUAUGAAAUUAAAACUUAUGUAGAAAUACCGCAAGUUCGAUUUAAGGAAGCCAUACGAUUUUUAGGUCCUUUAAGUGUAAGUAUUGCAGCAAACGAUGAUUUCGCUUACUAUCAGGGUGGUAUUUUUGAUGGUUCUUGUGCAAGUUCCGUGAACCAUGCCGUAAUUAUUGUUGGUUAUGGUAUGGAAGAAAUAUAUAAUACCGCACUAAAAAUAAAGGAAAAACACUAUUAUUAUAUUAUCAGAAACUCAUGGGGGAAAAAAUGGGGUGAAAAAGGAUAUAUGAGGAUUAAAACGGACGAGUUUGGACUAUUGAAGACUUGCUUAUUGGGUGCACAGGCCUUCACCGCUAUUAUUGAUGAUAUUUAG